AGGCGCGCAUCAUCUCGAGGUCCAACCUCUUCCAAACGCAGUAAUGAUUGGGAAACUGACCACCGACAAUUUCCCUUUAUAUCAGAACCUUUAAAUGGACUGAUGGCAGCCUUGGCAGGAUUAUAUAAAAAAACGGGUUACCACGCAAGGUGACCCUUUAACUGACGGCAUAUAUGGAUUGGACCUCAUCGCCAGGACAGACCUGGGGCGCGUCUGAAAGGGACAGUGCCGUGAAAGAGGAGUCCUCAGCCAGGAGCACAGGUCACAUGACAGAUGUAUGUAGUGAUGAAACUGAAAACUCACCUUCUCUCCAACCUCACACUCUGAGAGAGUUUGAACAGCAUCUCAAUGACCUGAAGAAGGAGAACUUCAGCCUCAAGCUCCGCAUCUACUUCCUGGAGGAGAGAAUCCUGCAGAAGUACGAGGACACCAGUGAUCAUGUCUACCGCACGAACAUCGAGUUGAAGGUAGAAGUGGAGAGCUUGAAGCAAGAGUUACAGGAGAAACAAGACCUUCUUGACAAGGCUCUGUCAACAGCUGAGAGCCUGUCCAGUCACAAUGAGGCAGAGCUACAGAGACGAUGUGAGGAGAGACAGCAGGAGAUCGACCACAUGCAGGAGUUGCUGGAGACCAAGAUACAACUCCUGCAGGAGGAGGCCGAGCUAGCGCGAUGUGAGGCUGGGAGGAUGGCCUCCCUGGCUAGGUCUAGCUCCCAGACCCUCUUGGAGGACAUGAAGGACAGCCCAGAGGAGGAGGAGAGCACCCAGACCACGUCUCACCACCCCCCAUCACACACCAACAGAGACAGGGUGGUUGAGGAGCUGACCUGUGCUCUGCGCUGUAAGGAGGCUCUGAUCACUGAGCUGAGUGGACAGAAGAGCAUCCUGGCCCUGAAGGUGGGAGAGCUGGAGGGACAGGUAGUGAACCUCUCAUCAUCCCUGCUGCAGAAAGAGAGGGAUGCAGAGUUCUACCAGGAGGAGCUGGGCAGGGAGAGACUACGCAUUGAGCAGGAGAUGCAGACUCUGAUCGAGGAGCAGCAUAGCCAGUUGAACCAGUAUGAAUGUGCAGCAGGUCAGUGUAUCAGUGAGCUGCAGAAGGCCCAGCUCCAGGUCCAGUCCCUGCAGACCAAGAUCCAGGAGAGCGAGGCCAACAACACGAAGCUGCAGGAGAAGCUCAGUGAGAUGGAGUGUGAUCUGCGUUCUAUCCGUCAGGCAGCUCAGAACCAGGAACACACAAUCCAGGGCCUGACCGACUCUGUCAGUACCAAGGACAACGAGGUCCAGGAGCUGUACCAGUUAAUUGAAGGGCAGAACACCACACUGUGUAAACUGAGAGAGAUGGCCCACCACAACCAGAUCACGCAACAUCAGGCUCCAGAGGGGGGCAGUGAGGUUGCGGGUCUAGCCCAGCUGCAGGGUGAGUUAGUGGGGGUACAUAGCUCUCUGUUUACCCUGGGUCUGGAGCUGGAAGCCAGUCAUAGAGCGCAAAGACAGAGCCAGAGACAGGCUGAGGACCUGACCAGAGCUAAAGACAGACUCCACUCUGACCUAAAGGAGGCACUGCAGCACAGGGAGGUCACCGACAAACACAACCAGGAUUUGCUCAGUGCCCUGGCUCAGUCCCGCUCUGCGCUGCAGGCUAAAGAGGCUCAGCAGAAGGAGAGCGAGGCAGAGAAACACAUGGAGGUUCAGGAGAGAGACAAGAACAUCACACAGCUCAAACUCUCCCUACAGGACAAGGAGAGCCAGCUACAGGAGUACUCUGAGCUCCUGGAAUCAGUAGACAGCUCCAAACCCAGAGAUAUUCUGAUGGACAAACUGAGAGAACGCAUCAGAGACAGGGACAGAGCACUGGAGCGGUCUAUAGAUGAGAAGUUCCGUUGUCUGGAGGAGAGGGAGGAGCAGGUGAGGAGACUACAGCUGGCCCUCCGAGAGAAAGAACGAGACCUGGAGAGACUCCAAUGCAUACUGCUCAACAACCAGGAGACCAUCACGAGUCUGGAUGCGUUGGUGCGGGGUAAGGAGCUGGAUGUGGAGCAGGCAGCAGAAGCCCACAGGAACCUGCAGUGGCUCCAGCAGCAGAGUGAGGAGAGAGAGAAGAGCACUCUGAGAGAGAGAGACACACUCAUCAACCAGCUACAGUCUGCCCUGCAGACACGCAGCCGGGAGACACAGGACCUGACGGCAGCCCUACUGGCUAAGGUCCAGGCAGGCCCCAGUGAGGUGGUGGAGGAGCUGAAGGCUCGCCUCGCACUGAAGGAGAAACUGUUCCAGGAACUUCUGUCAGACCGCAACCGCCAGAGCCACGAACACCAAGCACAGGUCCAGGACCUGCUCAGCACCAUCAGCACCAAGGACCAGUACAUACAGGACUGCUCUGAUAGGCUUUCCCAGGUGAUUGGUGAGCGGACAGGCCAGCUGCAGGAGCUGCACAGGCAGCUGUCAUCACAGGAACGGGAGAUGGGUGAGCUGCGGAAGGAGAGAGAGAGGGAGAGAACGGGAGAGGCAGAGCGACUGCAGAACCUACUAAAAGAGAAAGAGACUUUUAUCCAGAGUCUGAUGCAGGGACAGGAGGAGAGCAUGGAGCCCUCCACACCAGAGGGGGCAGCAGAGGUACAUGCCAUCCAGGAAGAGCUGGAGCUGGUCAGGAAGAAAGAGAGGGAGGCUCAGCUGGAGCUCUCAGCCCUGCGCUCAGCUCUCACACAGGGCCAGCAGCAGGCCCAAAAGCAGGAGGAUAGAUUUAAGAUCCUGGCCCCAGAAAUAACAGUCAGGGACCAGCCCUCCAGCACUGACCACCAGAGUGUGUUGGAACAGUUGGUCAAUGAGUACCACAGGCUGAACAAUGCUUUGAGGGCAGAGAAGAGGCUGUACCAGAGUCUGAGCCACAUCCAGACUAGAGGAGACAGCAGCUCAGAGAAGACCCAGGCCCUGCUCACAGAACUGGACUCUGUUCAGGCAUUGCGAGGGCAACUGGAGGAGGUCCUAACCAGGACCCAGAAGACCGCCCUGGCACUGGAGAGGGCAGCUAAGAGGCAGUCUGACUUUGGAGAGCUCAGCACGGAGGAAGAAGAAGAGGAGGGAGAUGAUGAAGAGGGCAGCACUGAUGAGUUCUCAGACAGUAUUGAAGACGAUGAGGAUAAACUGACUGCCAAAAGUCUGGCCUCCACUAAGAACUCUGUGGUGGCCUGUGGGCAGGGGGUGCUGUCUGGAGGACCUUUGAGCGGAGCACUGUCCCAGGGGGCAGAGGGGCAGGGACAGCAGCUGGCUGAACAGAAGAGGGCAUUCGAAGAAGAAGUGGAGGAGAUGAGAACACAGCUGGAGACAACCGGCUGCUCCUCACUAGCCCAGAUGAGGAGAACACUGCAGAAGCUACAACAAGAGAAUGAAGCCCUGAAAGAUAGCCAAGGGGGAUUACAGGGUCUAGGAACUCUGGAGGAUCCAACAGACAUCUGCCAAGGAUGGGGACAGGAGGAGGAGGAGGAGGCACAAUCAACAGUGGUACCCACCCAGGGCAACUAUGGCCCCCCAGCAGUGAGGAUGAGAGAGGGGAGGGGGAACAGACAGUAUACCAGACCUCACUCCCUAGACUUGGGGACUCUCCUCUCCCAUCACCAGCCAGACCAAACAGAGAAGGAGGCUGAAUCUGAUGAUGUCACCGGCGAUGUGGGUGGGUUCUGGCAGCAUAUGGAUGCGGGUCUCCGUGAGCAGGCGGCGCAUCUGCGUUCUGAUUUGGCGCUGAGCAGACAGGAGAGCAGGGAGCUGCAGGAGAGACUCAUGGUGUCUGAGGCCACAGUACAUGCACAGGCUGAACAACUCAAAGACUACAGGGAACUACUCACAGAGACAUCAGUUGAGCAGGACAGUAAGCAGGUCCAGGUAGACCUACAGGACCUGGGCUAUGAGACCUGUGGCCGUAGUGAGAACGAGGCAGACAGAGAGGCCAGCAGCCCAGAGUUUGAUGAUCUGGAGAUGUGUACGUCACUGAGCCACCGGCAGGACUACGAGAGUGCCGGAGUUUGGUUCCAUGGCGAUGGGAGUGUGGGCGGAGCUUUUGAUGAAGGCGAGGAGCCAGCGGCAGGAUCCUUACAGCAAUUGGUCCUGGACCUGCGUUCUCAGCUGACCCGCUGCCACAAGGUGAUUCGUGGGUUGCAGCUACGUGUGCGUUCACUCUCCACCACCAGUGACUACGCAUCCAGUCUGGAACGCACCCCACGCAAGGUGAAUUGGGCAUUUGAGGCGUCCCCGGCCCUCAGCGGUGUAGAAGACGAUGAGGGCUGGAUGUCCGACAGCCUGGGGCCUCGCAUGGAACCCAAGCCCAGCCGAGAGCUGCGAGAGCUGGUGUCCCGAGUAGCCUCACUGGAGGCCCAACUCAAGAGCUCCAGGCUGGAGGGGAAAGGAGGGGUGGUGGAGGAGGGGAAGUGUGCUACCUGGCCCGGGAAGUACAACACCCUGAUCCAGGCUCAGGCCAGGGAGCUGUCCCACCUGCGUCAGAGGAUGAGGGAGGGCCGUGGUGUCUGUCACAUACUCACACAACACCUGGGAGACACCACCAAGGGCUUUGAGGAGCUGCUGCGUGCCAACGACAUUGACUACUACAUGGGACAGAGCUUCAGAGAGCAGCUGGCACAGAGCACUGCCCUGGCACAACGAAUGGGCACUAAGAUCAGUGGACGUGACCGUGCUGAGCUACAUGAUGAUAAGAUGGGCCAUGAGCUGCUUGCUUUGCGGCUGAGUAAGGAGCUCCAGCAGAAGGAUAAGAUAAUCGAGUCGCUCCACACCAAACUCCAGCAGCGUCCUGACACCCCCUCCAGCAGCCAUGCCCUCUCAGAGACCACCGACCAAUCAGACAGAACCUCCUUUGUGUCAGACGAGUGCCGGACCAAUGAGGACCUGGAGCUGUGCUCAGAUGUGGAUGCUGGCAGCGAAUACGCUCAAGAAGUGAAGGGACAGGGGGCGGGACGUGGCCCAGGAAGCACAGACGUCCACCCCUCCCUCCCUCCAUCCUCUCUUAAGUCCUCCAGCAGCUGUCCCAACAUGCUAUACUCCACUCCCGUGGAGUCAGCUAGUCAAACUGGUCCUGUGUCCUGCUCCCUACCCACCUCCCAGUCCCUCCCCAGGCUUUACCCUAGACAUGACCUCUGGGGUCAACAUAUGAUCUUUGACCCCGCGACCAGGACCUUCCCUAUGGAAGCGGUGGAACAGCAGCUGCAUCCCCUGCACAGACAGAUGACUAUGAAUAAGAGUUUUGUGGUUCCUCACGCUAAGGCCCGGACAACCGCCCCACCAACCGCCCAUCACCAGCCUGACCAUUCCACUUACAGACAGACUACCCACCAUGCCUUUUACCCACACCAGCUAGGCGGCCGACCCGCAGGCCCCGCCCUGAAGGCAGACGCAGAUCUGGUGGAUAGUGGUGCAUUGUGGGAUAUGGAGAACAUGGUUCAGCCAAUCAGGGUUGGGUCAUCAGGAUACUAUUCAGGAAACAGCUUUACUGGUGUGGACGUGAUCAAGGAGCACCUGAGGGAGGUGCAGUGUCUGCGUCAGCACCUGGAGGAGUCCAUCAGGACCAAUGAGAGGCUCAGACAGCAGCUGGAGGAACGCCUUUCCACCACCGGCCGUGACGGCGCAGCUCCCACCAACAUCUACAUCCAGAGCCUGGACUCUGUCUGCCAGCUGUCCAAUGAGAUCAGAGUCCUGAAAGAGGAGAACCUGGCUCUCCAGGCCCGCCUGCAGGCCAGCUCAGAAACGUGUGAGGAGGCGGAGCAGCUGCGUGAGGUGGCAGUGACGGGGCGUGCCCGUCUGAAGCAGGCGGAGCUGGAGGCGGAACAGUGGAAGGAGGAGUUACGCCGGCUGCAGACACACAGCCAGGAGCAGGGACAGCAGAUUCACACACUCAGACAGGAGAGGCAGAACAGCCAUGACAAAAACAAUAGGCUCCAGCAUGAGGUGUCCCUGCUGCAGCAGCAGUUGUGUGAGAGCAGGGAGCUGCUCCACUCUCUGCAGAGUGAGCUGCAGGUCUACCACAGAGUGUGUGUCAACGCCAAGGGCAACCCAGAGUUUCUGUGUGAGGGCCAGUACGGUAGGGUCCCUGCCCUGCCCCUGCCCGGGGAGCUGGGGGAGCUGCUAGGGGAGGUGAGGAGCCUCAGAGCCCAGCUCCAGAGCAGUGUCCAGGAGAACAGUGUCCUGAAACAGCUGGAGCUCCACAAACAUCUGGAGCAGAAGCUGGGUGGGGGCGUCCACGGAGGGCUGGGGAGCAUUGGGGGGAUGGAGCCCCCUCGUACCCCGUCUCUCAGUGCCCUUACAGACAGCCCCCAGAGGGACAGCCUCUACAGACGGCAGCUACUACAUGACCCAGCGCCGUCUCCCCCGGUCAGAGACAUUGGGUUGUUUAACUGUGGUUCUCCAUACCACGUCCCCUACACAGAUCUGGUGGAGACCCCGCUCACUGCCAACGAUCUGGACCCCCACUCAGAGCUGCAGGGGGACGCCCCGGACGGCUCGUUCUCUAACCGGAACGGACGCCACGCCAUCGGGCACGUGGACGAUUACAGCGCCCUGCAGCAGCAGGUCCUGGAGGGGAGGAGUCUGGUCCAGAGAAUGGAAACAGCCCUUCAGGCCUGCCUCAGCCAAUCAAUGCUAGUAGACAGCCAGGACCAGGUCCUCCUGGACUAUGGCUGUGUGAGGACUCUGUUGUCUAACACCAAGACCCUGAGACAGAUCCUGGAGGAGGCUGUGUCCCUGCUGAAGAUGUUCUGGAGGGCUGCCCUGCCCAGCACCGACCGCUCCACCCACAACCUUAAGAAGGAGCAAUGUAUGAAGGAUGAGAUUCUGUCUCUGAGGGGGCGUAUCUCAGAGCAGGAGGAGGUUCUCCAGGGAACCGUCCAGAGACUGAGGAGCACCAGCCGCACCAAGGAGAGCAUGGAGCACUUCAUCGUCAACCAGCUAUCAAGGACUCGAGAUGUGCUGAAAAAAGCAAGGACUAACUUGGAGAAGAACGAGCGGAGAAUUUCUUCCCUAAGCUCCUCCUCUUCCACUCCUUAUGCUGCUGAAGACCGAAGUCCCGGCAAUGAACGGCCUACUGAUUGGAGUUUCUUGAAGCCUGGCGACGCCCCGGCAACGUCAAAUCAGCGUCCAGGAACCAGGAAGCGCAGCAGCCAGUGCCUGUUUUAGGUGAUGACCUGUUAUAGGAACCAGCCAGCCUAACACCACGACCUCUGAACUCUGACGUCACCGCCAGAACAGCCACGACCCCUCCUCCUCCUCGUUGCCUCAUCUCUAGCAUCCAACGUCCCUCCUCAGAUCACUCCAUGCUUCUUUCUCUCCUAUCCCUCCUCCACUUCUCUCCUGCCGGCAAUUUGUGCCCAAUGCUCCUGCCUCCUACACCUUGGGCCUUACCUGAACUCUUACUCCUUUAGUGUCAUUCCUCCACCCUCCUUUUGACUGUUCUCUUUCCCCCACCUCCACCCUUGUUCUUCUGUUGGAGUCUUUGAGCUCCAGAGACGGUUGGUCCAGUCUGAUGAUUACCUUGUUGUGAGCGUGAAGAAGAAGGUGGUUUGAAACGUGCCUCAGAUGGUAACAGUAAUGUGCGCCCUUGACUGCUGUAGAAGAAGUAGGAUGAAGCUGCCCCUAGACAUUGAGCUAAGGUCAGAUUUGCCUUUUCCCCAAUGGUAAAAGUUAUGGGAUUUGGGGAAGGUAGGCUGAUCCUAGAUCUGUAGCUAAGGGAAGCUUCUAUAUGGAGCAUAGUAGAUUGUGCUCUUCUGCCUGGCAGCUUUUGGACGGGAUAAGUGUCAAUGCAUGUGAACUCAUGGCUUGAGAAAGGAAAUGUAUAGUAUUCAAACAGUACGGUACCCAUAUAAAUAUAAUAGGCUUGGAACCUCUAACCCUGGCAAUAGGGACGCCCAUUCUAUUCAUUCUAUUUCUGUGACAGUACCCGCGUCACACACAUAAGUUCACAGACAUACAUGAACAAUCCAUUUCUUUCAAAACAAGUAUUCAACUUUCACUGCCACAGAAAUGCUAACUUUAUCCUCGUGGCAUUUCAUCAAUGAGGACUUUCUUUGCAAGUACAAUGCAAAAAAGUUGAAUAACAUCCACAAUCUAGCUAGAUCUGCUGGAAUCACAGUGGAGGAAUGUAUAGGUGUAACACUUCUAGGUAAUUGUUUGCUAUAUUUAUCUGUGGAGGAUGAAGCCUGUGGAUGGUCUGUCUGCCAUUAGCCAAGGGUUCUGGAUAGCAGAACAAAGGCCCAGUUCCAUUUCAAUCACUAGCCACUUCCCCUCGCUCCUACUCCAUCGGUAUUCACAGAUCUGAAUAGACUGGAUAGGUGAAAGCAGUAUGUUGAUGGCUUCACCUAGUCCUCAGAUAAGUUAAGUUGAGCUUCCACUAUGUUGCUUUUAUCUAUCCAGUCCUGGCUGAUCUAACACUGACAAGGUAAAGGCUGAAAGAAGGGGCUAGGGGCUGAAAUGGACCGAUGCCGAACAUGCGUAUUUAAGCUCCUCUUUAGGAGUCCUCAGACGAGCAUGUGCAAUAAUUACGUUGUUUAUUGAAUGAUCAUGGCGCACCAGCUUUUUGGUUUUUUGCCUGACACUGGAACUAAAGUAUUUAACCACUCUUGAUAAGUGAAAAAGACCGUUGGUGCAAUAUUAUACUAAUAACUAUCUUCUACUAACUUAGGAAUACUACUGACUGAAACAAAGUGAAGUUUUUAUGCAGUGUUGAUGCAUGAAAGAGGUUUUAAAAGGAAAAAUCUAAACAUUUGUUUGUGGAACAUGGGAUCACCAAUACUUGCCAAAGUUUGAACUUUGAACUCUUCACGUCCUUGUUUGCCUUACCCAUGAGAAUGACAUACUGUAGGAGUGGUGUGACUAUACGAAGUCAUCAUCAGCCCAGUAUAUGAGAUCAUUUAUGACAUCAUGAUGGAGAUAUUUAAUUGGCUGCUCUAUGAGAGCCAUUCGAACCAGAGAGACGGUAACCGUUAGAUUAUAAAUGUGCUUUAUAACGAGCACAUCUUGUCAUAAAUGGACCAAACAUUUCUAAAAGCGAAUCUUUCACACUUGGCUUCUAUUGCUUUGUGAAUUCCAAAAACUUAAAUUGUGCUCAUGUGAGAGAUGUACCACUAAAACAGAGAAUACUAUUGUGAUUGUUACAUUUCCAUUGGACUUUUUGUCUCGGGUAAGACCAUUGCAUUCCCAUGGUGUUGUUGGCUAAAUGUUCUGUGUCCUUUUAGGUGUUACAAACUUUGGCAGGCUACUGGUGGGACCAAUGUUCUAGAUUUCACCAUUGGUGAUGUCACACCCAAAGGUGUUUCUUCCUAUGCUGCUUUUGAUUGUGUUGUAUGUUCUUGCUGUACAUUUGGAAAUUAUCACGCUGUAAAUGACUUGCUUUUUCACUGUAUUCUGUUGGCUGACCUUUUGGUGUGUGGAUAAUCAUGUCAGACAUUUGCUCUGUAUGCAAACGGUGAAUAUCUGGGUAGCUGUGCAAUAGCUCUACACUAUAUCUAUUUUAUUUUGAUGUUACACAUCAUUAUAUUAACAAUAUUUUUGCUUUCUUAAGUGUU